AUGUUCUGUAUAGUGGAAAUUAUCGUUAUAAUCCUAUCAAUUUAUAAAUCAGGCACGAACUCAUGGUAUCAUUACCCACAAAGGACUGAUUUAUCUAUAACAUUUGUCUAUAAUGGUGUUCAAGCUGAUCAAAUUGAUGUUACUGUUCAUUGGAAAGGUUCGAAUUUGGAUAAUUUUAAUCUUUUCAAUACCAAUAAAUGUAAAACAACAGUGUUGUGCAGACAACCUUGCAUUGGUGUUAAGCAAGUCAAUGACAAUGGAAUUAUUUUCAAACGAUUCCAAAUCAGUUUGAUCAAUGAAGUAACAAACAAUUUUGACAUGUGUUGUACUAUGUUUAAACUAUUUAAUUUUCAAAUCAAGAUCAAGGAUAAUAUCAAUGAAAUCAAGAAUAAAAAAAGUUAUGAUAACAUUCAAGUAAGUAAUCCACAAACCGUACCACCAAUCCAAACUACUUCUGAUUCUCAAAUAUACUCAUUGAUGCAAUCACAGCCUUGUGUAUCCCAAGUACCAGUUCAGAUUACAUCACAGAAUAUGGCUUCGUGUUUUUCAUCUUUUCAAACACAACCACUGCAACCACAUGUACAAAUUAUAGAACCACUGGUUUACCCAUUAUAUACUCAAUCUGGUCAUUUUAUUCAACAAGGCAAUAUUCCUGAAACGACUAACAACAUUGUAUCUACUGAUUUGAAAAUAAAUGCAACUACACAAACACUACCAGAAAAAUCACAAUCCGUUUUCCUUGAUGAUAUAAAUGAAUUGAAAAAAAUUACUAAUUCUUCUUUACGAUCAGCUAUCAGAACUCUGCUAAAACUGAAAGAUUUUUUAGCUUUGAUAGAUCGAUUAGAUAAAAUAAUUACUGAUAUUUGA